AUACCGAAUACACUAGGGUUACGUAGAUAUCUGGGGCGCGUAAGACAAGCUAACUGUAACGAGUAAGUAAAGAUUCCUUUUUCGGCAUUAACCCUGUCGAUCCAGCUCCUUCUGAAGCUUGGAGUCACUGCUCAGCCCUACCUACCUUGGUUCGUAUGUCAUAUGACCCAUUAAAAACCUGGUUAAAUCCAGGUAUCUCUGUUUUACCUAAGCUUAUCAGUUUCUCCCAUCUUUUGCCGCGUCUUGGAUCAUAUAAUCAACAAUUCCUUAUAUAUAUUCCGGAUAUAGCGUCUCGAUUUGCUCAAUGGGGUUAGGAUCUAGAAUAUAUUAGCUGCUGGGAUCGCGAGCCACCAACUCGGAGUUACUAUGGACCCGCAGCAGCCAUCGACUAACGUGGCGUCGCGGCCGUCUCAACAUCAGCUCCAGCCGAAACCCCUCAGUUGUACUAAUUGCCGGGCCCGGAAGUUGAAAUGUAGCCGGGAAUAUCCGUGUACUCAUUGUCAGCGUUCCGGUGCCGAGUGUAUCUUUCCCACGCGGAAGCGUAUCCGGAAACCACGGAAGAACAAGAACUCGGAACUUCUACAGCGUCUAAGCCGGCUGGAGUCUAUAGUAGGAAAUGUCGGCCUUUCAGCCCUGGCGGGAGACAAUGUGGCGACGACAGCCUCAGGUCCGUCUACGAGUCAAGACACGGCUCGUCCUAACUCGGAAGGAGGCUCGAGCCAAGCACAAGCUUCCAAUGAUGAGAAGCAGGACGAUUGGCAGCAAGCUCUCCAAAGUAGCAAAGCUUCUCGGUAUCUCAGCGGAGAGUUCUGGUCUAGUCUUAGCGUCGAGGUCGAAGGGCUGAAACAAGCCCUCGAGCAGUCAACAGACUCGGAGGAUGAGGAACAGAUGUUGCAGGAGGCCACGCCGGAGUCGGCAAACGACGGUAGCAGCUCAGCAUCUGCAUUAUCUCCCGGCAUGCUCCUGGGGAGCUCACCCCGUACCUCCUACGAGGCCAUAGAACAUCCGUCUUCGGACCAUAUCCGCUUCCUCACGAGCACAUUUUUCACGAAUGUGGAUAUGAUCAUCAAGAUCCUGCACCGGCCAACAAUAGAGGGGGCUCUUCUCGCCUUCGCCAACGCCCCUGAAUCCGCACGUCCGCACCUCAGCCCAGAGACCGAAGUCCUCUUCUUUUCCAUAUACCACGCAGCCACAGCCAGCCUCUUCCCCUCCGCCUGUCUUACACACCUAGGCCGGCGGCACGAGGACUUAAUGCGCUCUUUUGCUAGCGCUGUCGAGCACCUCCUCGGGCGCGCCGACUACCUCAACAACACGAGCCUCGAGACACUGCAGGCGCUAAUGCUCUAUGUAGCAUGUGUGCGCGGCAGCAGCGGUUCGCGGGCCUCGUGGGCGCUCACGAGCCUGCCAAUUCGACUCGCGCAGGCCCUAAACCUGCACCACGAGGCUAGCAACGCGCACCUCCGGCCCUACGAAGCGGAGUUGCGGCGCCGGCUGUGGUGGCAGCUUGUUAUGUUGGAUAUUAGGGGGGCGGAAGAUAGAGGCACGACGACGGUGCUUGCGAGGGAUAGCUAUGAUACUAAGCUGCCGCUUAAUAUCGACGAUGCUGAUUUUGGGCCGGAGACUCGGGGCCAACUCACUGAGAAACAGGGACCGACGGACAUGACAUUCAGCUUAUGCACAGCGCAGUGCUCGAACUUGUUCCUGCAGAUUGAACACGCGAAUGGCGCGCUGGGGGUAUCGCACGACGGGGGUAAGGGCAAUAGCAAUGGCCCGAACGCCAGCGGUCCGACGUCCCAGUCCGUCGAAGAAGCCGUGAAACAGGCACAAGUCUUAGAAUCGCGAUUCGUCGUCGGCGCAGACCCCAACCGCGCGCCAUCUUACCUCGCCUCCGUUACCGUACGUCUAAUAAUCCUAAAGCUAUGGCUCAUAAUGCAGUACCCCGUCCACCCACGCCGUAAGCCUCAGCCACUCUCAACAUCUCCGUACCAAAACACCACUUCCUCUUCCACAUCCAGGCCCACCAAGCCCACCAUCGUCCCACACGAAGCAACGCUGCGCACAGCCAUAUCCAUCAUGGAGUUGAGCGAGUACCUGCAAAACGGACCGUACGGUGAUCGCUUCUAUUGGUGGGCGAACACGUACGUGCAAUGGCACCCUCUAGCCGUCGUCCUCGCGGAGCUGUGCACGCAGACGCGGGGCGAAUUGGUAGACCGCGCCUGGCGUACCGUCGACGACGUGUUCCCGCGCUGGAGCGAGAUCAUCGCCGACACCAAGAGCGGGACUCUGUGGCGGCCCAUACGCAAGCUGUAUAAGAAAGCCAAGGCGGCUAGGAUUGCCGCCGUGGGUGCCGCCGCCGCCGCCGCUACUCCUGCCCCUGCUUCUGCUACGAAUGUCGCCGUACCAGCAGCUACAGCCUCGACUACAACUACGAUGUCUGCGAACACCGCCGCGAAGUCUACUCCCACCACUGCGACCGCUGACGCUGCAGAAACCCGCAUAACCACGAUAGUGCUCAAAGACGGAGUAAUAGACGUCGGCAAGAUCAACAUGCGGACCAAAAGCCCCGAAAACCCCAAUCCAAACCCAAACCCAAUCCCGAAUCCCACCCAAUCUCCACCAAGACCAGAAAGAGAAGACGUGACCAUGACAGAGCCGGAAAGCGCCUUCGGGGCCGAAAUCCGCAAUGCGAGAGAACCUAGCGCCCCGCCAGAUCUAAGCUCGCUCAGCAUGUCUCCGUUCGCGUUUAACGAGUCGAUGCUGGGAUGGCGAGAUCUCAGCUUCGAGAUACCCAUGUUGGAUCUGGGUGAUGGUGGUGGUGGUGCGAAUACGAUGGAUUGGAGUACCUGGAACGACUUUGUAAAUGAGACCCAGGCCGACGCUGACGAGCAGUCGAAGUCGGGAUCGAGCGAUAUGGGUUACUAUUAGAUUAAGACAUGAGAUCACGCAAGAUACCACUCAUACUCCUGUACAAUUUACUGUACGACAUGUAAAAUAAAACAAAACUUAUGACCUGUACCGAUCAUUGCUCAUGGAUGUGUGUGUUUUUUUUGUUCAUCAGUGGUAUGCAUUCAUUGCUCAGGACUAUCUACCGAGCACACAUGCUAGUGACUUCAUUUUCCGCAAUUCCGUAAUGAACACCGGCAAACCGAUUCCCAGAAAUCCCCGACUGCAAUACGAAAAACCCUUAUGCGAAAGUGGAAGGUCGGGUGGCGCUGAACACCUUCUUGUUCGAGAUGCGCGGGACACGGUGAGGUAGGGGGAAAGAGAGGUCCUUGGUGACGAGUUGCUUGAUGUAAGGUCGCUUGAUGUCGUCGGUCUUCUCGACCUCAACGACACGGAGGAUCUAGAAUAAUGUUAGUCACGGUAGAAAUGCAAAAAUAGAGAAGAGGGGAUCAUACGUGGAUCGACCGGAAUCGAGCGCGGUGGCGGGCGGCCAUGUCCUGGUAGAGAGCCUGGACAGCGUCGGUUCGCGACAUCUCUCGGUACUCCUUGUACAUGUUGUGAGUACCAGAUCGGGAGUCGUAUCGGAUCCAGAUGCCGAAGUUCUUGACGCGA